AUGGCGGCGACCAAGAGGAAGCGGCGUGGAGACCUGGCGUUCCAGACCAAGAGGGCAAAAAAAAGUAAAAAAGAUGCCGGACCGCCGGCUAAACCGCACGACACGGCAGAGGAGGCGGAGGAGGGAGAUAGAGACCGUAUUCCAGGCCCCGUUUGCAAGGGCAAGUGGAAAAAUAAGGAACGCAUUCUCAUCUUUUCUUCCAGAGGAAUAAAUUUCAGAACAAGACACUUAAUGCAAGACUUAAGAAUGUUAAUGCCUCAUUCUAAAGCAGAUACUAAAAUGGAUCGUAAAGAUAAAUUAUUCGUGAUUAAUGAGGUCUGUGAAAUGAAAAACUGCAAUAAAUGUGUCUAUUUUGAGGCCAAGAAAAAGCAGGAUCUCUAUAUGUGGUAAGGGAAUGUAGUAAGAAAGAUUUGGGUGGAACUGGUUUGUGUAAUUCAUACCCUAGCUGAACUAAAGAUGACUGGAAACUGUUUGAAAGGUUCUCGGCCCCUUUUAUCUUUUGAUCCAGCAUUUGAUGAAUUACCACAUUAUGCUUUGUUAAAAGAACUCUUUAUUCAGAUCUUUUCUACACCACGGUAUCAUCCCAAAAGCCAGCCAUUUGUGGACCAUGUGUUUACUUUCACCAUUUUGGAUAAUAGGAUAUGGUUUCGGAACUUUCAGCAUCGCCGCAUCAUAAGAUCCAUCACAGCUGCAAAAUACAAAGAGAAACAGCAAGUGAAAGAUGUGCAGAAACUGAGAAAGAAAGAACCAAAGACUAUUCUUCCACAUGAUCCCACUGCAGAUGUUUUUGUGACACCAGCUGAGGAAAAACCAAUAGAAAUACAGUGGGAAAAACCAGAGCCAAAAGUUGAUUUGAAAGCAAGAAAGAAAAGGAUAUACAAAAGGCAAAGGAAAAUGAAACAGAAGGUGAACAGUGGGAAUGCAAAAUGA